GUAUCGCAAAGCGGAACGUGUCAUGGCGUCCUCCUUGAAGGGGGUUGGGUUCACCGCUUCAUAAUAUAUUGCGAUAUUUUAUAUUCCUGCGGUCAGCCGGGUGUCUCGAACGCGUUUUGAGGACAUCAUUGCACGGGACAAUGGGGACGGUGCACGCAAGGAGUAUGGAUUCGUUCCCCAUGUCUGGGCGAGACCUGGGCGUUCACCCGGAUGACGUAGAGGUGAUGGAGGCGGGGCAAGAAACUAAGCAGGAGAUUUUAGAAAAUAAAGAUGUUGUUGUUCAACAUGUCAACAUUUCAGGACUAGGCAGAACUAAAGAAGAUUACUUGGGCUUUGAGAUCUCGGAUGUAUUCACAGCCAGGAAUCUGGUGGAGGUGAUGAGGAAAUCCCACGAGGCCAGACAGAAAUUACUCCAUCUUGGCAUAUUCAAGGAUGUGGAGGUGGUGAUCGACAUCUCAGAAGGAGCAGACGCGCUGCCAAAUGGACUUGAUGUUACAUUUGAUGUGACCGAGCUUAAGCGACUCACCGGAAGCUACAACACUAUGGUGGGAAACAAUGAAGGCAGUAUGGUACUUGGUAUUAAGCUUCCAAACAUGUGUGGCCGAGGAGAGAGACUCACCUUCCAGUUCUCCUAUGGGACGAAGGAAACAUCCUACGGCUUGUCUUUCUUUAAACCACAGCCAGGAUAUUAUCAGCGCAACUUCACGUUGAACUUGUACAAAGUCACAGGUCAGUUUCCGUGGAGCUCACUAAGAGAAACAGACAGGGGGGUUUCUACAGAAUUAAAUUUUCCUCUGUGGAUGACGGACCACACUUUAAAAUGGGAAGGUGUUUGGCGUGAACUCGGGUGUUUGGCACGCAGUGCAUCAUUUGCCGUGAGGGAGGAGAGCGGCCACACUCUUAAAUCGGCCCUUUCUCACACAAUGGCAGUAGACACCAGGAAUUCUGCCAUCUUGCCCCGAAGAGGUGCCUUACUGCGGAUCAGCCAGGAACUGGCAGGAUACACGGGUGGCGAUGCCAGCUUUCUCAAGGAGGACUUUGAAGUGCAGUUGAACAAACCUUUUCUCUGGGGUUCUGUAUUAUCUGCAUCUUUGUGGGGAGGGAUGCUCUUUCCUAUCGGGGGUAAACCUACAUCCAUUGCAGACAGGUUCUACCUGGGUGGCCCAACGAGUGUGCGAGGUUUUGGCAUGUACAGUAUAGGCCCCCAAAGCGAAGGUGAUUUUCUGGGUGGCGGAGCAUAUUGGGCUGGCGGGCUACACCUGUACACACCUCUCCCCUUCCGGUCGACCCGGGGUGGCCUAGCUGACCUCUUUAGAACCCACUUCUUCCUCAAUGCUGGAAACCUUUGCAACCUCAACUAUGGCGAGGGACCACAUGCACAUCUACAGAAGCUAGCAGAAUGCAUCCGAUGGUCUUACGGGGCAGGAAUAAUUCUGCGACUGGGGAACAUUGCUAGGCUUGAACUAAAUUACUGCAUCCCCAUGGGUGUUCAAAGUGGAGAUAGGAUAUGUGAUGGUGUGCAGUUCGGUGCAGGCAUUCGUUUCCUGUGAUCGCCUCUGCUGCUGUUCUUGGUCUGAUGCAGGGAAUUGUGGGAUUGCUUAUUGUAAUAUUUUUGAGUGUUGAACGCAGGUAAUAGUAUUUCCUGCAUGCGCACUCUGAGAAUACACUUUUUUACGAGGAAGGCGAAAGGUUGAAUGAGCUUUCUUUAUUAUUGAUUUUUGCUGCAUACCUCUCAACCUUGAUGUUCAGAGUACACGGAUGGCCAGUUUGCAUCAGAUGCUGAUACAGCUGUUUGCAGUAUGGGAAACUUUUAAAAUGAAGCCACGGUCAAGCUUGGUACUGUAUCAUACGCAUACCGUCCCCUUCUAUGUUAUUUAUCAAUGCUUGGGCUGUACAAUAAAUACUGUGCUAAGAAAAACAGCAUGUUAUUAGUCUAGACAAUAUUUUUGGAUGUAAUAUUAAUCAAGAAACUGUUUUGUUUGAAUGAGUUGUCAACCGUGAUGCAAAACCUGGUACUUUAAGUGAAUUGAUUGUGACAGACCUGACUGAACCGUCCGUGAGUCAAAAGUUCAUUCAUGCGUCCAUCAGAAGUGCUCUAGAUGUUAUUGCCCUUUUUAUUGUAAAUGUCCAGCUUUAUAGUAAUGUAACAAAGUGCUUCGUUUUGAGUUGGACGCUAAUUUUAAAUAAAUAUUUUAGACACUCUUAUAACUUCACCGUGAAAAUAAUUGAAAUAAAAUAAUAACAGUAA